AAAACAGGGAAAUCAGUGUUAGAGACUUAUCAGCAGAAACUGAACUCUUGUUCUUCUUUACCGAUUCAACAACAGCUCAGCAGUGGUAGUACCCAUGAGCCUGCAGAAUCUGCACUUUUUUUGCCUUGGCUUCUAUUCUCUCCUCACUUUGAAUCGGAAGAUAUCCUUUCCAUUCAAGGCAGCAAGCAGAAGUUUCAACGAAAGUCUCCUCUCCCACACAGCUACUAUCUUCUCAACACUAUUGAAAUCACCAUCAUCUGAAUAAUUCCCUUUUUUCUUUCUCUUUCUCUCACACACCCCCAUGAUGUCAAAAGUUGUUAUUUUCUCUUUAUUCCUAUCAUCAGUCCCGACCAUGUCUUAAUAUUUCUUUCUUUCUUCUUUUUUUAACCUUUUGGAAGAUUUCGGUUUAACCUUCCCCUUCACGAUUCUCUCUUUUCAUUCCCUAUUUUGCUUCGCGGCACAGUCAUUAGAAUAAGGAACACAAUGGAAGACAGUAUCCUAUGCAAACACACAGUGCAUCGCAGCGUCACCAAGAAACUCAUCUCCCCCAAAAAAUCAUCCCAAACCAAUUCUUCAACACAAACAGAGCGCAGAAUAGUGCGGAUUUCAUACACUGAUCCAGACGCCACCGACUCCUCCAGCGACGAGGAAGGUUUCCCCUUGGUUCGCAAAAGAAUGAAGCGCUAUGUUAACCAGAUUGAAAUAGAAACCGCCGCGGAAAAAGUUGUUCGGAAGAGGCCCGCCGGUGAGCCUUGCAGGCGACCGGCGAAGCUUCACUCCGGGAAGAAGUUCCGCGGCGUCCGGCAGCGGCCGUGGGGGAAAUGGGCGGCGGAGAUUCGAGAUCCGGCGAGAAGAGUGCGUCUCUGGCUGGGAACCUACGACACUGCCGAAGAAGCUGCCAUGGUCUACGACAAUGCCGCUAUUCGGCUUCGAGGCCCUGACGCGUUGACAAACUUCCUAACGCCACCGCAAAGAGAGUCUCCGUCUCAGGCGACAACGGUGGCGGUGACCGAAGAAGCCUCCGGCUCCGGCUACGACUCCGGCGACGACCAUUGCCAGCACAACCUCUCAUCCCCCACUUCGGUGCUCCACUUCCGAAGCAACUCGGAGUCUGAUCAGAAAUCAGAACAAGUGUUGAGAGAGUGUGAGGGUGAGGGUGAGUUUUUGGCGCUGGAUAACAUGCCUCUGCCUGCUUGGGAUGAAGUGUUCAAUUUCGAAACGCCAGAGUACCCUCCCCUUCUCUUUCAAGAAGGGAAUUUUCUUCAUGAUUAUCAGUCCCAGAUGUUGGGUGAAACGGUACCGUUUUCCUCGGACCAAGGGUUCAGUGACAGUAGUAUCGUGCUCGCAGACUCGCUCAUAGAUUUCGACAAAGCUUGCCCUCCACCAUCUACCUUGUGCCAGGUGGACGAUUUCUUCCAAGACAUUUUGUUAGCUUCUGAUCCUCUCGUUCUGCUCUGAACACUCUUAGUCAGUCGACUCAAGUUAGUAAACUCUCAUUCGUUAAUCCUUCACGCCAGAUUUUGCUUCCGGUGGUAAAACAAAAUAAUGCUUAGUUUCUAUUAAUUAAUAAAUAAAUUUUAAGUUUUUAGAUGCUCCGUUACAAAUAGCUAACGGGAGGAAGAUGAGUUGAGAACUUGAGAGUGAAGUUUUGUUUAAAUUUUACUUUAUUGUUUGUAAUCUUUUGCUUAAUAAGUAGGAUCGUACGUUGAGACUUGAGAAUGUUAAUGUAUAUUUGUCCAGAUGUUAAUCUAAGUGUAAUGGAGUUCUUUUCUUUACCA